CGCGCAGGCGUAAAAAGUUACUGUUGCUACCCGCACCAGGAAGACAAGGGGAUUUAAAAACCUGCCUGAGAAAAAUUAGAAAGGUUUGAAAUUGACCACGGUGUUAAACGGAGAAUCAUAUCAACAAUCAUUUUGGUUUACAAUCUAAGCUAUCCGUUUAGAAUACUUACCUGGUCGUGAGUACGUGAAAGGUUGUUUACCAAUGUUAACUAGCUAAAUUAGCUAGGUCUGUCUCGCGCAACGACGGAUGGUGGUGUGCGAGUUAUCAAGCCAGCGAUCUAAUGUGAGCUUGCUAACAAGUUGCUUAGCAAAUUGUUGUCCACGAAGCUAGCUAGUUGGCACGCUAACUUGUCUAAGUAGAAUGUAUAGAGGGCAGUCUAGGCAUAAUGCAAUCAAUUAUUGUUGACAUUUAUCCCGUUUAGCUUGCUAGCGAGUCUGCACGUGACUACUCCUUUUGGAAUGUUGGAUCGCAUCAAACAAUAAUAAAGCAGAAGUAGCUAGCCUGCUCUUCCGUGCUUACAAUUUAGUUGUGCGACCAGUGUUAACAUUCAAUCUAACGUUAAUUUGUGGACUCUACUAUCAAGAAAAGCACCUUGACCUAGCGAGAUCAUUUUGUACAGCGGAUCUAGCUAUAUCUAAUUGUUUUGGAACUAGGUAGCGGUUGGCUAUAAUGGGGCCCCGACAUAGUUAGCCAACUGAUAAUAAUCAUGGGAGGAUGUGUUGGGCGAGAACGUGAGGACACACAGGACCACGGAGCAUCCAGAAGCAGUGGAAGAGCACACCGAAAACGUGGAAGUCGCAAUGAGCCCCUGAAGAAGGACAAGCCCAAGUGGAAGAGUGACUAUCCCAUGACGGAGGGCCAGCUCCGCAGUAAGAGGGAUGAGUUCUGGGACACAGCCCCGGCCUUCGAGGGCCGAAAGGAGAUCUGGGACGCUCUGAAGGCAGCCACCGUCGCCCUGGAGUGCAACGACCACGAGCUGGCUCAGGCCAUAGUGGACGGAGCCAGCAUCACACUGCCUCACGGCUCCCUGACAGAGUGUUAUGAUGAGCUGGGUAGCCGCUACCAGCUACCCGUCUACUGCCUGGCCCCUCCGGUCAAUCUGAUCUCCGAGCGCAGCGACGAGGACCCCGGCGACAGCCCCGAGCCCACAGCCGCCCCCAAGAAGGAGUUCCAGCUCAAGGUGCGCCUCUCCACGGGCAAGGACCUGCGCCUCAGCGCCAGCAUGGCCGACUCCAUCGGGCAGCUGAAGAAGCAGCUUCAGGCCCAGGAGGACAUUGACACGGCCCACCAGCGCUGGUUCUUCUCAGGCAAGCUGCUCACGGACAAGACCCGCCUGCAGGACACUAAGAUCCAGAAGGACUUUGUUAUCCAGGUCAUCGUCAACCCGCAGGCCCCCAUUAACUAGGUCCCAGAUGAAAGGAGGAUCGACGGAGGAGCCCUGGAUAAUGGUUUUACCGCUGAUCUGUAAAACAGAGAGGUGAUUUGGGGAAUUACAGUUAAUUAAGAGAUGAACAACAGAAGGGAGAGACUCUGAAGUGCUGCUUUUCAAUGUUUCAUUGUUUACCAUUAAAGAGUGUGGUUCUUUUCAGUGUGUCACUUCUCUAUAGGACUGUUGGUUGAUCGAUCCAGACGUUUCAGACCACUCACCCUAAGGGGUGUUCACUGUCACUCACCACACUAACUUUGGAGUAAAUCAUAGCAGAAUUGCCCUCCAGAUGUGAGACUCUGCAGGUGUGCACCACACGGCAUGUGCAAGGGGUCUGCGUCUGCACUAACCAGGUGCCAAUUGAAAUCGCAGACUCUUUUACAUAGUUUGUAAAGCACAUGUUUUUCUGUCCCUGCUCUCUACUCUGGUACCCUGUAAUGGAUACUUCCCAUAAUCCUCCCUUAAGUGAUAUACAAAACUUUCUCUCAUUGUUUUCUUUCUUUUUUUGAGUUCAUCUCAAAACAAAGCUUUUUUGCACAGUUGAUUUGUACUUGCGUGGUAGUUUGUGUGCCUUCAAGGAAGAAAACUAAACGGAAUCCUUAGGGGGAAAAAUGCUAUUUUUACUGCUAAAGCCUUCUGUCUCUAGAUUCAGGAAUAAUCUUUUCAUAGAUCUAUACAAAUCCUAAAUAUACUGCUGCGUUUUUCGAUCAGCUGUCUCUAUAUCAGUUAUUGCAUUUCAAAUGUACAACUGGUGUUUCCAUGGAUGUUAGCCCCAUGUUUUCCCUAAUGGUUGCAUGCGCCCCCCACGCUCACAUUUGUCAAUGUACUGUAAAGUGACAAUGAUUAGAGACCAUAGCCCAUGUAUGCUGUGCCACAUUACAAUCCUGAGGUGAAAUGGGAAGCACGAGCUACAGUGAAGAUGAUAGGAGAACGUCUCUCUGUUUUAGUAUAUAGUCAUGGAAGAGGAACAGUGCUUUUCUGGCUGUCUCGGGUGGCACCUCGCUGCACAUGAGGUGCUCCUUUACCCUUCACACCAGUCGUUUGCUUUUCCAUCUCUCUAAGCGCUUGUGCCUCUUUCUUUUAUGGCCUCAUCAAAAGAACAUAAACAAGAUACCCCAGUGGUGGAUAGUUAUGCUGGUGGUGGGAAGACUUGUUACCAGGUUAUUGUCAUCAUAGUUAUGCUAUCAUUUAAAGGGAUAUUUUGGCAAUGAGGCAAUUUAUCUACUUCCCUAGUGUCGGAUGAACUCGCGGAUACUAUUUUUAUGCCAAACAGUUGAUCAAUGACUGUGCUGGGAAUAUAUUUGUUAACCUUUAUGCAAACUUGAGUAUUUCUCUCAACUUACAAUGUAUGUGCAAUGCAAAAUAGACCUCGUACCUUUUGAUUCUCCCCUUAUUUAAUAAAUACAGUAGCAUUAGCUAUGACUAUGUAAAGGUUCUCAGAAACACAACAUAGGAGCCUGCUAUGUUCAGAUUGCUUUGUUGUUGUACAAUCAACCUUUGAUCUUGUUCAGAGUUUCAUAUUGCCUUCAUCUCUGUUUUGAAAUGUUGUCCCAUCUAUAAAAGUGUUCAAAUGGCCACUUUUCUUUUAAUGGGAUGUCCUCACUAUAACAAUCAUGUACCUUGCGUGAAUUAGCUUGGCCCUUGUGUGUCCCCCCCCCCCCCCCCCCCCCACUUUGUGUGACGGUUAGCACAUCCAUUUGUGCUCAGAAAAAUACCUAACUUUGCAAUAGGGCCUUUUUUUUUGUCUCCCACCUCUUCUGUGUAAAACAGCAGAGACCCACGUUCUGUUAUCUGUGUUGCUUCAUCUUGUCUCAAUCCGUCCUUGCAGAAUGUGGCUCAAAUGUUUGCUUCAUCUAGGUUCAUUUAGUGCUAUGAGAGGUAACGAGAUACGUCGGUCUAACAUCAAUGUACAGUCCCUACAUCGGACAGCACAAAAAUAGAAACCUCAAUGUAAUCUAUGUGAGAGAGCUGCACGAUGUUGCCAGUAAGGACAAAUCUGAUACCACCGAGCAAUGACAUCACACAAGGGCCGUGGUUCGAUCCAGGCCAGGGGAGCAGGAGAGAGAGAGACUUCUCUGCUCUUCCUUCAGUUUUCUGAGGCCUGUGAACCUCCCAUCACAGUAGUUGGGAGAGAUUUCAAGUCUAGGAAAGAUCCCUUAUGCAGGCAAUUAAUCAGACACGCUUUCUGUUUUAGUAAGAAUGUACAAGUAUGUUUUGUAUGCAUGAUACGUGUUUGAUCAUAUGGGGGUCAGAUCAGGAGUUUCAUUUGUAUGUUUCUGUAAAGUCAUAUAUUAGUCAUGGUACACAGGUGGACUCAGUCAUGCAGUAGACUAAAGCUGGUAAUAUGGCCAUGGAUAUUUAUUUGAGUUAUUUUGUGGGUUACUUUAGGACACCAUGUACACUGCUUUAUGUUCCUCUCGGACCUCAGAUACCAAUAAGCCAUUGCAUUUUCACCAGGGUGGAUCAAGAGGCCUUGCUCAAAGCAGAAACAUGCAAAUUGUGUUUUUGUUGAUGUCCACAAGGAUGUAUAAAGAUAUAUAUAUAUAUAUAUAUUUAGUCUUUUGGAAAAAUAUAAGUGAUUAUUAUAUGAGAUUUCUGAUAAUUAAAAAUGCUUACAACAA